GUUCCAGGGAUGGAUCCUGCUGUCUCUAAUGCAAAUGGUCCAGCUGCUCCCAACAGCAGGUGGGGCUAUAAGCACCCAUCCUAUCUGCUCAAGGAACCCAGGCAUCAGAACUGCUCUCUCGCAAGUCCAUUGCAAGAAGGCAGUUGUCUGGCCACGAGAGGGUUAACAGUGCACAUUCCAGAGCAAGGGAAAAGGAGGCUGGAUGGUCAGACAAGGAGAGGGGGUGUGGAGGGCCAGCUUCUCACAACACUACCGGCUCUGCUGGGAGAGAUAGAUCACCCCCAACAAUGGCCACAGCUGUUUUCAUCUGCCCCAAAGGAAACUGACUUAGGAAGCAGGUAUCAGAGAGGGCCCUUCCUGAGGGGGCUUCUGUCUGGCUUGUAAAACUGUCAGAGCAGCUGCAUUCAUGUGUCGGGUGAUGGAUGAUGGAAAGGACGACAGUCAGCUGCAGAUGGACACAGCCACUUGCAAGCUGAGGCAGGUGGCAAAGGCCUUGCAGAGGGUCUGCAGGUGAUUUCAAUGAAUCAAUGAAACUGAUUCAUUGCCCAGUUAAAAUACCAGGAGGAUCUGGGCCGUCUCUUCCCAGGAGCUGCUCAUCCUCAAACAAUCUGUCUUCAAUGAAAGCCUCCUCCAACCCUCCUUUCUAUUCUUGCACCUCAGGUGUGAACCUUUCUCCCCACUGCCUCUACCUGGCCCCCAGCCCUGUGCCCUUCAUUCUAUGCAGAGCCAAGGUGGCAAUUUCUCUUAGCUUCUUUGUGACUGGUUGGUCCUGGGAUGGCUUCAUGGAACACAACCUGUGGUAUGCACCAAUGAAACUUUCCAUGUAGGACUCAAACUGUUUUUGAAAAAUGUAAGCGGCUGCAAGGCGAGAAAAAAAAAUGUCAGCACUAGAAAUGCUGGCCAUAGCUUUUGCUGAGGAAAGGAAUUUGGUGUUAUCUGCUCGCACCCACAGCCUGGUUGGGAAAUGACUGUCUUCAGCCCAUCCCACUGCGAGCCACAGUGAGUGUCCUGGCUCGGAAAUGCCUGUCACGGUACACAGAAUCCCCGAGGAGCAUGAGCUGGGAUUUCCUCUGUGAGCCGCAUCAUGGGAGCCUGAAUGACCAGCACAUCCUCCACUUGUAACCAGAGUCCUGUCCCCUCUCCCAAGUGGCCACCCUUACUCUGGCCCUCUAAUUCUCUCUCUUGCCUUCUAGAAAAUGCCAAGAGAGGGGCUUCCUUGGUCAGGACAGUCAAUGCUGAGACUCGUGGAGUUGGGGCCAAUGGGAUUUCUUAAAAAGCAUCUUUCUGCCUCUGGCUGGGUCUAUGGGGGUCAAACAGACACCCCUUGGGCCAUUUGUUGGUGGGGUAACAAAUGAACUUGGCUUGAGAAAUGGAAUAGGCUGGGCUCAGCCCUGCAAAGCACUCGGAACUGCAUACUUUCUUUGUUGAAUGGGUCCACAGUUUGUUUUGAGAAUGCCCGAGGGCCCAGGGACAAUUAAAAGCCGGAGCUCAUUUUGAUAUCUGAAAACCACAGCCGCCAGCACGUGGGAGGUGCCGGAGAGCAGGCUUGGGCCAAGCCUCACACGCCCCCUCUCUCUGGGUCACCUGGGAGUGCCAGUAGCAAUUUGGAAGUUUGCUGAGCUAGAGGAGAAGUCUUUAGGGAGGGUUUGCUCUGAGCACACCCUUUUCUCUCCCCCCCCAACCCGGGGCUGAGGGAAACAGGGGACCAGCCCUGCCCCAGCCUGUCCUCAUUGGCUGGCAUGAGGCAGAGGGGGGCUUUAAAAAGGCGACCGUGUCUCAGCUGGGGACCAGAGCCUGUGCUACUGGAAGGCUGCGUGCCCUCCUCUGGCUGGCACCAUGCAGCUCCCUCUAGCCCUGUGUCUCGUUUGCCUGCUGGUGCACGCAGCCUUCCGCGUGGUGGAGGGCCAGGGGUGGCAGGCCUUCAAGAACGAUGCCACGGAAAUCAUCCCUGAGCUGGGAGAGUACCCCGAGCCUCCACCAGAGCUGGAGAACAACAAGACCAUGAACCGGGCGGAGAACGGAGGGCGGCCUCCCCACCACCCUUUUGAGACCAAAGACGCGUCCGAGUACAGCUGCCGCGAGCUGCACUUCACCCGCUACGUGACCGACGGGCCGUGCCGCAGCGCCAAGCCGGUCACCGAGCUGGUGUGCUCCGGCCAGUGCGGCCCCGCGCGCCUGCUGCCCAACGCCAUCGGCCGUGGCAAGUGGUGGCGCCCGAGCGGGCCUGACUUUCGCUGCAUCCCCGACCGCUACCGCGCGCAGCGCGUGCAGCUGCUGUGUCCCGGCGGUGCGGCCCCGCGCGCGCGCAAGGUGCGCCUAGUGGCCUCGUGCAAGUGCAAGCGCCUCACCCGCUUCCACAACCAGUCGGAGCUCAAGGACUUCGGGCCCGAGGCCGCGAGGCCGCAGAAGGGCCGGAAGCCUCGGCCCCGCGCCCGGGGCACCAAAGCCAACCAGGCUGAGCUGGAGAACGCCUACUAGACUCCACCCGCACCCCACCCUGUGGCGGGCGACCCGGCCCUGUGCCCCACGUUUCUGUCCUCUGCGCGUGGUUCGACUGUUUAUAUUUCAUUGUAAAUGCCUGCAACCCAGGGCAGGGGGCCCAGACCUUCCAGGCCUUGUGGCAUCCCGGGCACCGGCAAGGCCCACCUCGGCCGGCCAGCUGAGGGGUCCCGCGGGGUAGGGGAGGGAGUUGAGAGUCACAGACACUGAGCCACGCAGCCCCGCCUCCGGGGUCGCCUACCUUUGCUGGUCCCACUUCAGAGGAGGCAGAAUUGGAAGCGUUUUCACGGCCCUGGGGGUUUAAGAGAGCCGUAUGGGAGUGUGACAAGUCCAGGGACAGGUUAAUAAAGUUGGAUAGGAUUCCCCCUGCACCUCACUGCCCAUCAGAAAGCCUGUGGCGUGCCCAGAGCACAAGACUAGGGGCAUCUGUAGAUGUGGUUUCUAGUCCUGGCUCUGCCACUAACUUGCUGUGUAACCUUGAACUCCACAAUUCUCUUUUGGGACCUCGAUUUCCACUUUGUAAAAUGAGGGUGCAGGUGGGUUUAGGAUCUCGAGGGGUCUACUGGCAUAUGAGUCCAAGCACUCCAGUGCCUUUUGAAUGGGCAGAGAUGAGAGAGAGAGAGAAUAAAUGAAUGAGGUUGCAUUGACUCAAUGCCAAUGUCACUUCCAGGAUUCAGAAUUCAGAGUUGUGAUGCUCUCAUCUGACAGCCAAAGAUGAAAAACAAACAGAAAAAAAAAAAAAGAGUAAAGAGUCUAUUUCUGGCUGACAAACCCCUGGAAGAAGCUAUGUUGCUUCCCAGCCUGGCCUCCCCAGAUGUUUGGCUACCUCCACCCCUCCAUCUCAAAGGAAUAACAUCAUCCACUGGGGUAGAGAAGGAGAGGGUCCUGAAGGUGGUGGGAGGAAUAGAAAUCACAUCCCCCCCUCCCCCGCAACUUCUCAAAGAGCAGCAUCCCUGCCCCGACCCACAGCCAUAUUUUACAGUCACCUUCUGAAGAGAAGUUCAAGGUCCCAGGACAGUGGUCUAGCCGGCCCGAGAGAGCAGCCAUCACACCCUCCCAGACCAGCACAUCCCUUCUGAGAUGCCACCUUCUGCCCACCGCUCACAGACACAUUUCUGCCUAGAAAAUGGCUUCCUCCUCCUCUUACAUGUGACGGCAUUUCUUACACUAAAAGAAUAUUAUUGGGAGAAAAAUCACAAGUGCUGUACAUAUGCUGAGCGACUGCAGAGCAUAAUAGCUGCCACCCAAAAAUCUUUUUGAAAAUCAUUUCCAGACAACCUCUUACUUUCUGUGUAGCUUUUGUUUUUUUAAAAAAUGUUUUAAACAGAAGCACAUGCCGUACGAAAGCCUGCAGGACUGGUCGGUUCUUACAAUCCUUCCACGUGGGACUUGUCCACAAGAAUGAAAGUAGUGGUUUUUAAAGAGUUAAGUUACAUAUUUAUUUUCUCACUUAAGUUAUUUAUGCAAAAGUUUUUCUUGUAGAGAAUGGCAAUGUUAAUAUUGCUUAUGAAAUAACAGUCUUUUCUUCCAGGCCAGAGACAUUGUUAAUAAAGACGAUGAAUCAUGACCAAA